AUGUCGGGCCGCGGGCGGGGCGCUGCACCCGCGCACGGGGAAGCUGUGACGCUCUCGCAGGGGGCCGCAGCGAUCGCGCGUCCAGCACGGGCCCAAGGAGUUCAAACCACGGGCUGUGCCAGAGCCCGCGAGCCGUGCGGCCUGGGCCGCGUCUUCGCCGUGCGCUCGACCGCAAAGGUGUGCUCGUGGAGCGGCUUCCAUCGAGAUCGGGGGACGGGCCGGACGCCUGACCACCUGGACUUCCCAAGCGCGCACGGGCAUGAAGGGCGGCUCGUGAUCGUCGGCUGCGCCGUGCUGGCGGACGGGCGCUCAUCCUCGAGAGUAGGCCGGCCUCGACCAGCUGGCGAGGCGACCGGAGUGGGCUCACGGACGGCCGCCGGGGAAGCUGCGGCUCUGGUCAACGGGCAGGACUGCGGCGUGGCCGCCACCGCACCGCCCCGCGUCUGGGCCGUGGUGGACUCUCUACGGCAAUGAACCGCAGUCACCGUGGUGCCGGUCGAGCCGGGAAGCCCCAGCCUGUUCCUCCGCAUCCUCGGCUCCAAUGCUCCCCCCCCCACCGCCACGCCUCGGCAAAGCCCUGUCUUGCAGCCUGGGCCGGCCCCAAUACUCCCCCCCUUCUGCGCCUCUCCGGCCAGGGUGCUGUCGGGCUGGGCUAGCAGGUCGGGAUCGAGGGGUGUAACACUGGCUUCCCUUCUCUUCCUUGUGUUUCUCUCCCCAGCCCUGGCCCUGCCCCGUAACCAGAGUCGCCCGGAUAAAUUCCCCAACAGCCUGGAGUCUGAGAACGGUGAGAUCCGCAUCGACAAGCUGGUGGACAAGUGGUCGGGCUCCAUCGAAAUCGGGGUGACGACCCACAACCCCAACAGCCUGGAGUACCCCGCAACCAUGACCAACCUGCGCUCCGGCACGAUCAUGAUGAGCGGCUGCGGGAUCCUAACCAACGGUAAAGGGACGCGGCGGGAAUACUGCGAAUUCAGCCUGGACGAGCUGCAGGAGGGGGAUCACAUUGGCCUGACCCGGAAAUCCAACAACGCUCUGCACUUCUAUAUCAACGGCAUUGACCAAGGUAGGGGGCGGAGCGGGGGGCUCAGCAGGGGGUGCUCUCCUCUGGCAGGCAGGGUUUACUCUGGUGCCAUUUUAAUCAGCCGCCCCGCCCCAGAGGUGGGCGCAUCUCAGUGCCGAGCGAGGGCGCCGGGCGAGGGGUCCCUGGGUAACCGGCCGCCCCACCCCAGAGGUGGCCGCAUCUUGGCGCCGGGGUCGGUGGCUCAUGUCCGAGCUAACUCGUCUGUCUUCCCCAGCGCCACGGACGACUUCAACCACGGGGUCGUCCUUAGCAACCGGGCCCUGCGUAACAACGAGGUCUUCCAGGUGCGGAUCGACAAGAUGGUGGACAAGUGGGCAGGCUCCAUCGAGAUCGGGGUGACCACGCACAACCCCACUUACCUGCAGCUGCCCUCCACCAUGACCAACCUGCGCUCAGGCACCUGGAUGAUGACGGGCAAUGGGGUUAUGCACAACGGUACCACCAUCCUGGACGAAUACGGGCACAACCUGGACCGGCUCAAGGCAGGCGACACGGUGGGCGUGGUUCGCAAAGAGGACGGCACGCUGCAUUUCUUCGUCAAUGGGGUGGCGCAAGGGCCGGCCGCCUGGAACGUACCACCCAACGUCUACGCCGUGGUGGAUCUGUACGGGCAGGCGGCGCAGGCCACCAUCCUCGACGACACGGAUUCUCCUCCCGUGCCCGACGACCUGUCGGAGGGCAACCACCAGCUGCGCCAGCAGCCCCUCGUCCACGGCCUCGUGAGUGACCUGCUUCACCAGCUGCACGGCGCCAACGCGGUGUGAUCACCAACGGCGGGCCGCACGGCGCUGCGCCAGAACUGCCGCAGCGAGUUCAACGACGCCAUCGUCAUCUCCAACCGGUCGGUGUGUGUGGCAGCUGUCCCGCCCCCACACCACCCCCCUGGGCUGCCCCCUCCCGGGCUUCAUGGCUCUCCCGUCUCCCACGCAGAAGCGCCGGGCAGUGAGUUCCAGAGAGGCUGGGCUGUGUACCGCAAGCCACGAGGACCAGCGGAGGGACUAAAUGUGCAAGCCAAGGCCGGGGCUGGGCGGCCCCUCGGGCCCACCUUCCAGCCCCCACGGCUUGGACCCCUAUGGGCAGGGGUCACCGCCAUCUACUCACGGGCCGAAGACCUGGAGUUCCCAAACAUCAUGACGAACAUCGAUUACGACACCUGGAUGCUCAGCGGCACAGCCAUCAUGCAGGACGGGACACCAUGCGCAAACAACUAUGGCUGCGACCUGGACUCGUGACACAGGCUCCCGCAUCGGAUGAUGCGCCGCGCCAAGGGGGACUUGCACUACUUCAUCAACGGCGUGGACCAGGCGUGGUGCUGCUCCGGCCUGCCCCCGCCAAGGGUAUACGCCGUGGUGGAUCUCUACGGCCAGUGCGUCCAAGUGUCCAUCACCAGCGCCACGGGUCCCAUGGACAACAGCCUGUCGACCAGCAAUGUCACCGAGAAAUCCUUCCCCAUCCACUCGCCAGUGCCGGGCGUGGCUCACCGCUUCCACAGCAGCUGCGGGAAGAACGUGGCCUUCCAGGACGACGGGUGCCGGGCCGUGCGCGUGGCCGGCUACAGCCACGGCAUCGUCUUCAGCAUGAAGGAGCUGAAGGCCGACGAGGUGUUUGAGGUGAAGAUCGAGGAGCUGGACGAAAAGUGGUCGGGCUCCUUCCACGUGGGGCUGACCACGCUGCUGCCCUCCGAGGUGCCCUACGCGGCCACGGGGCUGCCAGCCUCCCUGCUGGAGCUGCACUCCAAGGCCACCUGGCUGGUGGCCGGCUCCGAGGUGCGGCGCAACGGCCAGCUGCAGAAGCAGAACUACGGCUGCUCACUGGAGAGGCUGGGGGUGGGGAACGCGUGGGGGUGUAAGCGUGCCGGCACGACCCAUGCACAUCCUGGUGGAGCGAGCGCGAGGACAUGGGGCGGCCACCACCGGCUGGCCAAGAACGUCUAUGUGGUGCUGGAUCCUGUAUGGCGCGUCACCGCAGUCUCCAUUGUCAGCUCCACCGUGCUGGAGGAGUCGGACGGCACCAAGCCCCCGUCAGUCGCCUCUGAGACGUGUGAGAACGAGGCCCCCGUGCUGCCGGCCGCCAUGGAGUUCCUGGAGAACCACGGCAAGAACAUCCUGCUGUCCAACGGCAACCUGACGGCCACCCGCGUGGCGAGCUACAACCAGGGCAUCGUGGUCAUCGCCCAGCCCCUGCCCCAGGGCCAGCUGUUCCAGGUUCAGAUCGACUUCCUGAACCCCCAGUGGACGUCGUCCCUGUCCCUGGGCGUCAUCGGCACCUCGCCCGAGCGCCUCAACUUCCCCGCCACGGCCUGCUCCAUCAAGCGCUCCGCCUGGCUGCUGCAGCGCGACUCCGUCUUCCACAACUCGCUCAAGAUCUGUGACAACUACGGGCCCAAUCUGGACACGUGCCCCGAGGGGACGGUGCUGGGCCUGCUGGUGGACUCGAGCAGCUGCCUGCACCUCUACGUCAACGGCAUGGACCAGGGGGUGGCCGCCCAGGACAUCCCCAGCCCCUGCUACGUCCUCGUCGACCUCUACGGGCAGUGCGAGCAGGUUACCAUAGUAACGAAUGACACCCCGGCAGUGGGAGGGGAGAGCGCGGACUCCCACGCCCAGGGGGACAUGGAGAAGGCCGACAUGGUGGAUGGCAUUAAGGAGAGCGUGUGCUGGACGCCCCCCGUGGAAAUGAACACCAUGAAGACUUGCGAGUACCACGCCCUCUGUGCCCGCUUCAAGGACCUCCUGCUACUGCCAGACGACUACUUUGCGGAAGAUCCUAAAUUCAGCCUCUGCUACUGCGAGUCGUGCCACAAACUGCGGGGCGACGAGGCUUAUUACAAGCGAGGGGACCCCCCCCGGGACUACGCCUUGCCCUUCGGCUGGUGCCGUUUCAACCUCAGGGUGAACCCCCAGCUGGAGGUGGCCAGCACCUGUAAGAAGUGGCACAUGGCUUAUCAUGGCACCAGCGUGGGUGCCGUCCGGAGGAUGCUGGACCAAGGGGAGCUGGGAGCAGGCAGUACGUCCAUCCUGAGCUGCCGGCCUGCCAAGGCGGACCCCCAGGGCGGGGGCUACCACGAGCCGGAGAAUAGCUCCCCCGGCCGGGGGGCCGAGCCCCACCGCGUCCUGCUCUCGCCCACCCUGCGCUACGCCGGCCUGGAGGCCUUCGCCACCAAAGUGCAAUUCCGGGACCCCAAGUCUCAGCGGCAGCACGGGGCGCAGGUGGCCUUCCAGGUGUGCGUGCGCCCCGGCUCCUAC